AACUAGUAGUUCUACCCAACGCUGAAGGCUGGAAGAGAAGACGCUUCAAAGAGAAACCAGAGCUGCGAUGAUGGCGUCACAGCCGGCCUCCGGCGAUGGAUCCUCGCUGGACAUUCGAGAAAUGUCCAGGGACCAGCUUCUCGACAUCAUGUACCAGAUGAAGGAGCUAAUCGACCAGAACCCCCAGCUUGCGAGGCAAAUUCUAAUCGACAACCCUAUGCUGACCAGGACUGUAUUUAAGGCACAAAUCAUGCUGGGAAUGGUGCGUCCGCGCCAACAGCAACCAUCAUCUCAACCACAACAAGCACAAACAGCACAGCAGCCAAAUGCUCAAACUAUUCAAUCUUCCUCUGUUCAAGCUGGAGUAGGUGGUUCUUCCCAACCCCUAGUACCAGCUAGACCAACUCAUUCUCAACCCUCCAUGUCCAUGUCAUCUGCUUCUAUUCCACCGUUGGCCUUUCAGUCACAGUCAAUGCCUUCAAAUCCCCCAUCCUUACCUCAGCAAACUAAGAACAUUUUGAAUCCUCAAAUUCCUUCAGCAGCUCCUCCACAUUCUAUAUCUACUCAUAAUCCACCUCUUCCCCCUCCCCCUGCUCCACAAUACCCAAUUCCUCAAGCUCAUUUACCUAUGACUGCUGGUUUGACCCAACAACCUAUGCAAAUCCCCGGUGCAAUGCAUCAGCCAAUGCAGCCACCUUUGCCCCAACACCCAAGACCAUCUUCCAUGCUGCCAUUUCCUCAUCAAGCUCAUCCGCAGAUGCCCCACAAUGUUGGUUAUCAACCAUCAAAUAUGCCUCUACAGCAUCUGUCACAGCCUAUGUUCCAUUCUGGGGGCAAUCCAUCACUACCAUCUUCCUUUCCACAAGGGCAACCUCCUUUACCAAGCCAUCCACCGCCUCAACAGCUUUAUCAGGGAAGUUCACAUAUGGGUACUGACUUUGGAGUCCAAGUUGGGAACACCAUGCAAGGAGACAGAGGAGCACCGUGGGCACUUGGUCUACCAGAGAACCCAAUGCCCAUAACUCAAUUACCAGGGCCACCACCAUUGCCUUCUGGACAAAUGGUCCCUGGGCCAGGCGUCAGUGGUCCUCCCCGACCACCUCAGCUAACAUCUGAGAUGGAGAGAAAUCUCCUUGAGCAAGUCAUGAGCCUCACUCCAGAUCAGAUUAAUCUCCUGCCUCCAGAGCAAAGAAACCAGGUAAAACAACUGCAGGAAAUGCUAAUGGUGAGAAAUCGCUAAGUUAGAGAUUUAUAAUCCCAAGUUUCUCUGCAGUAGUUGUAGUAGUAGUAGUAGUAGUACUUCUACUUCUUCUGAUUAAAGAUUGAUAAAGUUAUAUUUCAUUCAGCUGUUUUGAAUCCUUUUAGUCAAAUUGAUCAUGUUCCAAUACAAUGCCAGAUAGUGUGUAGUGUCUA